ACGUGACCCGUGUCGCCCAUGUUGUUUGCAAGGAAGAACAUUUCCCGUCAGUGGUUGCUUGAUAGAAACUUACCUUUUGGGGAUAAUUUUCUUUUAGUUAUUCUAGCCAAUCGUUCAUGAUUAGAAACAGCCGCCAUGACUGAGGAUGGACCUCGGUGUGGAAUAACCUUCCAGUGUGGUCUAGCGCGGGAAAGUUAUGGGUUCGAAGGAAAGGAUUUGACAGCGUUGAAAGAACUUGCGUGUUCAUUUCUGGACCAAAAGUUCCCAGACCAUGGAUGUGUUGGUGUUGCAGACAAGCUUCUCCUUUUCAGCCAUGAUUAUUCCUCAGCUAACAUUCUUGAGAGGCUAACUAGUGUAGAGCAGAUGAAAGAAGGGACUGUCAUUGAAGUUGUUAUCUCUGCAAAAGUCCCUGAGGAUGAGACCAUUGCCAGAUCCCAUCAGCUUGCUGUUCACUCCUACAAAUCUCCAACAUUCUGUGAUUUCUGUGGACAAAUGCUGUAUGGUCUUGUACGCCAGGGACUCAAAUGUGAUGGUUGUGGGGGAAAUUUUCACAAGAGAUGUGCUUAUCGUAUCCGUAACAACUGCUCUGACUCCAAACACAGGAUUUCUGGACACUUUAACACACUUCCCCGUAAUGUAGCACCUGGUCUUGAUCUAUGUACUCCGCCCUCGCUUCAACCAAUCAACUCCUGGAAUGAAGGUGGGCAUAACCUGCGGGACAGACGUGCUACAUGGAAUGGAGACUCUCUAAUGUGGAGUAAACCUGGCCGCAUUCAGGUCCCACACACGUUUGCUGUACAUUCUUAUAAGAAACCCACAAUGUGCCAGAUUUGCAAACGUUUGUUGAGAGGAUUGUUUAGACAAGGCUUUCAGUGCAAAGAUUGCAAGUUUAAUUGUCACAGGAAGUGUGCUGAAAAGGCACCGAAAAACUGUCUUGGAGAUGUUCUGAUGUUUGAGACAGGCUCAUUGACCUCAUAUGACUCUGGGCAUAUAUCAGACAGCUUCUCAGAGAUGGAUCUAGAAGAUAGUAUUGCUGAUGAUCAGGCUGGGGAGGAGAGAGAGGCUGCAUCUCAAUCUGACCUACCAUUACACUCUCAAACACUUGAGGAGACAGAGCCAGCCAGUCCGUCAUCACCAGAUGGCGAACUCCAGACUCUGUGCCCAACCAUGAGUAAUAACAUACCAUUGCAAAGAAUUGUUGUAUCUGUCAAACAUACAAAGAGGAAAGCAUCCAAGGUCCUAAAGCAAGGAUGGAUGGUUCACUUCACAAAUAAGGACAUUCAGCGAAGAAGACACUAUUGGAGGCUUGAUACAAAGUGUCUGACCUUGUUUGUAGAUUCUGACAGUAAUAAAUAUUAUAAGGAUAUACAGUUAUCAGAGAUACUUUCUGUGGAGAACAUUGACCCAUCAAAUUCACAAGGUGCCUCCCACUGCUUUGAAAUGAAAACGCGGAACAUGGUUUACUAUGUUGGACUGGUGGAAGGGGAUAUGGAAUCUCCUGACCCUGAUAGUGGUAUCGGCACAGCACUCGGGCAGACAUGGGGUGACACCAUACGCUCAGCUCUUAUGCCAGGCUGUGUAACACCCACCACUAGUCUUGCGACCAUCAAGUCCAUGCCAAGCAGUGACAUGGAUAUGGAUACAGAAUCUUCCAGUGUAGAGGAAGAGCCUCCCAAACCAAUCAAGGAAACACCUCCUGAUAUUUCACAACUUUAUCAAGUUUUCCCUGAUGAAAUCCUUGGCUCUGGGCAAUUUGGCAUAGUGUAUGGAGGAGUGCACAGACAGAGUGGACGGGAGGUGGCAGUCAAGGUUAUUGAUAAACUUCGCUUUCCUACUAAACAAGAGGCCCAGCUAAAGAAUGAAGUUGCAAUUCUCAAGCAACUGAAUCAUCCAGGUAUGGUGACAUUGGAACAGAUGUUUGAGACACAAGAAAGGGUGUUUGUGGUGAUGGAGAAGCUUAGAGGAGACAUGCUGGAGAUGAUUUUGUCGAGUCCAAACGGCAAACUUGAUGAAAGAUGUACGCGAUUCCUUAUUACACAGAUCUUACUCGCCUUGAAAUACCUACAUUCUAAGAACAUCGUUCACUGCGAUCUAAAACCCGAGAAUGUCCUUUUGGCGCCGAUCACAUCCGAGUGCGGGUACCCUGCGGUCAAACUAUGUGAUUUCGGCUUCGCGCGAAUCAUCGAGGAAAAGUCUUUCAGGCGCUCAGUAGUCGGAACCCCAGCAUACCUUGCGCCGGAAGUGCUACUCAACCAGCCAUACAACCGCUCGCUUGACAUGUGGUCCGUGGGCGUGGUCAUCUAUGUCAGUUUGAGUGGGACAUUUCCUUUCAACGAAGAAGAAGACAUCCAGGACCAGAUCCAUAACGCGGCUUUCAUGUACCCACCGGAUCCCUGGCAAGAAAUAUCCAAAGAUGCAAUAAACCUGAUCAGCAAUCUUCUUCAAGUGAAGCAGCGUAGUCGAUAUGGGUGCGAUAAAUGCUUGAUACAUCCAUGGUUACAAAGCUACCAAACAUGGCUUGACCUACGGAGCCUGGAGCGAGUCAUGGGGAUUCGCUACCUUACUCACGAAAGCGAUGACGCGAGGUGGCGAGCGUACGGCGAGCAGCUCCGAGGUGCCUCGCGGCAUCAACGACAGGACUCGGGUUCACAUCGGGAUGGUGGCUCCAGUAGACCUAGCAACAAUCGAUUUUUCCCACCAGUGCCUCCAAGUGAACGCAAACUUCAGCCCAGUAUAAGUUACUUGUAAAAAGUGUCAACGCGAAUUGUAGAAACACAAUUGUAGAAUUUUACUCAAGUGAUCACCUUAAAGGGGGAGUGUCACGGUUGCGUAAAGGAAAUGGGUAGCGAGAAGCAUAAUGCAAGUAGAAUCUUCUAAACAAUUUCUCCUCUUACAAACCACAUGCAUGAAAAAAAUAGAACCUGAAAAAAUAGAAUGUGUCUGUGAACGGUGCUCGGUGGUGAUUGGGCUUAAAGCCAACAGUUCAGUAGUGUUGAAAGAUUUCUAUGGAAACCGGUUGAUUGACGUGCACCAAAAACGACGUAAGUUUUUUUCUCGACCUGCGCACGUGACUUGAGUAUGAAGGUCUGAAAUAUAUUGUCAGCCUACAAAAUUAAAAACGCAAAACUAGUUUCAUGCGCUCCAUAUGACUAACAUACCUUACUUACUUAAAGCGCGACGAAUGGCACAAACAAGUCUCAGUGUGGAAUCUCUUCAAUAUGUCAGAAGACAAAUAAACAUUUCACAUGUUUUGGGCGUUCACAGUUUUACAUUGUAGCACUGUUGAAACGGCUUCAAUUUAGCUUUCUGUGUAACUUGACGCUUUUGAUCCUUUCUAUUUUACUUUCAAAUUAUUCAAAACCGUGACACAACUUCUUCAAGGUUUCGUUUUUAAUUGAAUGUACAGAAUUCAUCCUACUCUCUGUUUUUUACAGCAGAUUUUUAGCACGUGCACUUUAUUGUAUCUAUGUAAAUAGCUAGGGGUCCGAUGGGCAACGCUCAGCAUACGAUUUCUUUAUUUUAGUUCGAUGUGUGAUCAACCAUUCUAGAAACUUCUUCAAAAGAAGCCACAUUAGCCUCGGUAAGACAGAGCUUCUAAAAACGAAAUUCGUUUUCAAAGAUUGUUAAAAAGUAAUUUUAAAAUCGAAAAUUUUUCGUUUUAUCGAGAGUUUGACUCUGGCUAAACGUUAAGCUCAGAUCCGGGAUUCUCCCAUUUGGAGUACGUCCAUUCCAUUCCAUAGUUUAUUUUAGUGACCAUGCUCGCAAAGAAGUCCAUACCACAUUUGCUAGAGUUUUUUUUAAGUUUCUUUGCAAGCUUUUCCCUUCCAUCGGGUGUAACGCAAAUAUCUUAUUUAUAUCAGUAAUAAGUGUACAAUGUUCCAAAAUAAGACAGAAAAUGUAGAAUUCCAAUUUUAUCAACAGUUUUAACUCUUGAUUAAAUAAACUAGAGGUUCUCAAAGAGAAA